AUGCCGAGGCUUUUUGUCGGAACGGCUAGAGUGGGCAGUCCAUCGCUGCCAUUAUCACAGAUUCACAGGGAUGCUCUGGAGCGGCUCAACAAAUUUCAGACAACCACACUCCCACCGCUGCACACUACUGUAGAAAGUCACCCGACUAAUUGGCUCCCACCUCCACCGCUUCUGCUCAAAUCCAACUGUGAUGGAGCAAUCUUCCAUGGCUUAAACUGUGCAGGCCUGGGAAUUGUAAUCCGAAACUCCGAAGGUUCGGUGAUUGCAGCAUUGUCAGAAAGGGUACCUCUGCUUCCAUCAGUUGAUGAUUUAGAGGCUAUGGCAUGGCGAAGAUCAGUCACUUUUGCCAUCGAAACUGGUCUUCAGGAGGUGAUUUUUGAGGAAGACUCUGAAGUAGUAUACAAGCAUCUUUCAGCAACUUCGUCAAGCAUGGCUUCCUUUGGACACAUAACUGAUGAGACUCGUCUUUUAGUUUCAAAUUUACGUUUUGCUUCCUUUUCCCAUGUAAAACGUAGUGGUAAUGCUGUAGCGGAUAAGCCUGCUAAAUUAGCCAAAAAUUCUUCUGAUCCUCAGAUCUAG